AUGGGCACACCAACCUGGGCCAUCCCCGUCGGCGUCCUCGGAGGCCUCUGUGUCGUAUGUCUAGCCUUUAUCUGGUGGUACAUCCCUCGCCUGUACAACAAGGGAAUGCAACAAGAUAUGCAGCGCCUAGCUGCCGAGAAAACAGAGCGCGAACGGCAAGCAGCUGCGUUACGAGAAGCCAAUGGAGAAUCUGUUGAUUUGGAAGCUGGUGAAGGUGUUACGGUUGUGACGCCGGCGCCGGCGAAGUUCAAGUACACGCCUCCUGCGUAUACUGCUUAUUAG